AUGUCUGAUAUUGAGGGAUCACCAGGAAGCUCCAUGCAUGGAGUUACUGGAAGAGAACAAACCUUCCUUUCAUCCGUUGCUUCCCCUAUGGUUCCAACUGACACCACUGCCAAAUUUCCAUUACCAGUUGAUUCUGAACACAAAUCCAAAGUUUUCAAACUCUUUUCAUUAGCCAAUCCACACAUGAGAACCUUCCAUUUAUCAUGGAUAUCUUUCUUCACCUGCUUCGUCUCCACAUUCGCAGCAGCGCCGUUAGUCCCUAUCAUCCGGGACAACCUUAACCUCACGAAAGCGGAUGUUGGUAACGCCGGCGUCGCUUCCGUUUCAGGUAGUAUUUUCUCAAGGCUAAUGAUGGGUGCAGUUUGUGACCUGUUAGGUCCACGUUAUGGCUGUGCUUUUCUUAUUAUGCUAACGGCACCAACGGUGUUUUGUAUGUCAUUUGUUGAAGAUGCUGCUGGUUAUAUAGCAGUUAGGUUUAUGAUUGGUUUUUCAUUGGCAACAUUUGUUUCAUGUCAAUAUUGGAUGAGUACAAUGUUUAAUAGUAAGAUAAUUGGUCUUGUGAAUGGUACUGCUGCUGGUUGGGGUAAUAUGGGUGGUGGUGCCACUCAACUUAUUAUGCCUUUGGUUUAUGAAUUGAUUAGAAGAGCCGGUGCUACUCCUUUUACUGCUUGGAGAAUUGCCUUUUUUAUCCCUGGCUGGUUGCAUGUUAUCAUGGGUAUUAUGGUCUUAACAUUAGGCCAAGAUUUACCUGAUGGUAACCUUGGUGCUUUACAGAAGAAGGGUAACGUUGCUAAAGACAAGUUCACUAAGGUGUUAUGGUAUGCUAUAACAAAUUACAGGACAUGGAUUUUUGCGCUGCUUUACGGUUACUCGAUGGGAGUUGAAUUAACAACGGAUAAUGUGAUUGCUGAGUAUUUCUAUGACAGGUUUAACCUAAAGCUACACACAGCCGGAAUCAUUGCAGCAUCCUUUGGAAUGGCGAACCUAGUUGCCCGCCCUUUCGGCGGAUAUGCAUCAGAUGUUGCAGCAAGAUUAUUCGGCAUGAGAGGAAGAUUAUGGACACUAUGGAUUCUUCAAACCCUUGGAGGAAUUUUCUGCAUUUGGUUAGGAAGAGCCAACACACUUCCAAUUGCAGUACUGUCGAUGAUUCUGUUCUCAGUAGGAGCACAAGCUGCAUGCGGUGCAACAUUUGGAAUCAUUCCUUUCAUUUCGAGAAGAUCUUUGGGUAUUAUAUCAGGAUUAACUGGUGCAGGUGGAAACUUCGGUUCUGGAUUAACACAGUUGAUAUUUUUUUCAAGUUCGAAAUUCUCAACAUCAACAGGUCUUUCCUUAAUGGGUGCAAUGAUAGUAGCAUGCACACUUCCUGUGAGUCUUGUUCAUUUUCCACAGUGGGGUGGAAUGUUUUUUCCAGCAUCAAAAGAGAUAAGUGAAGAACACUAUUACACUUCAGAAUGGAAUGAGGAUGAAGUACAGAAAGGGUUGCAUCAAUCAAGUCUUAGGUUUGCUGAGAAUAGUCGCUCUGAGAGAGGAAAGCGUGUGGCUUCUGCAGCAACACCGCCAAAUACAACUCCUGGCCACUAA